AUGUUAUUGGAGAUGGAGCAGCAUUCGGCCUUGAUGUCCCUGAACAUGUCGCCGUUCCACCUGAGCCCGCAAGGCAGCCCGCAGGCCGCCGGGCAACAGCCUCCGCAGCAGCCUCAACAGCAACAGCCGCAUUACGGCUCGUCGCCUUACGGCAAUUGCGCGCAGAACUCGCCGUCGGCCAUGUGCCACUCGCAGCCGCAGCCCCAGUCGCAGCAACAGCAGCAACUGUCCGCGCACAAUCCGGCACAGUCGCAGGGCGGCAUCUCGGGCUUUGAGGCCGCUUUCUUCGACUCCACUACCUCUUUGGAAGAGCGAUGCCCGAUGUGCGGCGACAAAAUGUCCGGUUAUCAGUACGGGCUGCUCACGUGCGAAUCUUGCAAAGGUUUCUUCAAACGCAACAAUUCGCCGUGCAACAGCAAAAAGAUUUACGCGUGCUUGUUCUCACCUACGGGUGGUGGUGGCGGAGGCGGUAGCGGCGGCGGCGGCGGCGGCGGCGGCGGCGGCGGCGGUGGUAGUAGUAGUAACAGUGGCGGCGGCGGCGGCGGCGGCGGCGGUGGUAGUAGUGGUGGUGGUAGCAAUAGUAACAACGGCAACGGCGGUAACGGUAUCUGCGGUGCGUCUUCGGCUCUCGAGAGCAACGCCUGCGGCAACAAGAAGGUGUACACGUGCUUGUUCUCGUCAACAGGAGCCGGAAGCAGCAACGCAGCCAGCGCGUCCACCGGCCUCGAAGGUAACGGCGGCAACGGCGGCGGUUACGCCGGCAACAGUGGCGGCGGCAACAGCAGCGGUGGUAGCGGCGGCGGGGCGAGUACUGCCGCCGCCGGCGGUGGACCCGCAUCGGGCAAUGCCGCCGGUGGUGGCGGCGGCGGCGGCGGCGGCGGCGGCGGCGGCGGCGGCGGACCCGGCGCGGGAAGCGGCAACGUCGCGGUACCGACCGCCGGCGCCGGUACCCUCUGCCAUCCUGGCUUGAGCCAGGUCGGAGUCGGUGUCGUGACUGGCUCGAUACCAUGCCCGUCCGACUUCCCCGACACGAAGGACAUCGUCAUCGAAGAGCUGUGUCCUGUGUGUGGCGACAAAGUGUCCGGUUAUCAUUACGGACUGCUCACCUGCGAGUCCUGCAAGGGCUUCUUCAAGCGCACCGUCCAGAACAAAAAGGUGUACACGUGCGUCGCUGAGAGAUCCUGUCACAUCGACAAGACGCAGCGCAAACGGUGUCCCUACUGCCGCUUCCAGAAAUGCCUUGACGUCGGCAUGAAGCUCGAAGCUGUACGGGCAGACCGGAUGCGAGGUGGUAGAAACAAAUUCGGGCCCAUGUACAAACGGGAUCGUGCGCGGAAAUUGCAACUGAUGCGGCAACGGCAAAUGGCGUUGCAGACGAUACGUGGCAACCUCGGCGACCCGACCUACUCGUCCGCAGUGACGCCGUUGCUGCACAUCAAGCAGGAGAUCCAAAUACCUCAGGUCUCGAGUCUGACUUCCUCGCCAGACUCGAGUCCGUCCCCCGCGGCCGUGGCCGCGGGAUUGGUGACGACGCAGGCCGGCAACGGUGCCGGUCAACACCAGCUGAUCGCACCGUCCACUCAACCGAACAUCGCCGGUGGCAGCGGUGGUGGCGGAAGCGGCGGCGGCGGCGGCGGCAACGGCGGUGGUGCUGGCGGCGGCAGCAGCGGUGGUAAUCAUCUGCACAACCUCAACCCCGGCCUGGACAACAAGUUGUGGGCCGCAAACUCCACCACCCCUGGUACAAAGGCCUUCAGCUUCGGCGAGCAGUCCACGCAAUCCCACGGCAGUGCCGCGACCUCCGCGAGCCUCACCUCUGCCGUCGCUAUAAAAGCUAGUCCGAUGAUAAGAGACUUCGUGCAGGCGCUCGACGACCGCGAGUGGCAGACGUCCCUCUUCGCACUUCUGCAAAACCAAACGUACAAUCAGUGUGAAGUGGACUUGUUCGAAUUAAUGUGCAAAGUGCUCGACCAGAAUCUGUUCGCGCAGGUGGACUGGGCUAGGAAUUCGAUAUUCUUCAAGGAUCUCAAGGUUGACGAUCAAAUGAAGCUGCUACAACACUCUUGGUCGGAUAUGUUGGUACUGGACCACCUUCAUCACAGGUUACACAAUAACCUACCUGACGAGACAACACUUCACAAUGGUCAAAAGUUUGAUCUCCUUUGCCUCGGCCUACUUGGAGUUCCUAGCUUGGCGGAUCUCUUCAACGAUCUGUCCAAGAAACUUCAGGAACUAAAAUUCGACCUCUCCGAUUACGUUUGCAUGAAAUUCCUAAUGCUGCUGAAUCACGAGGUUCGAGGGCUAGUAAACAAGAAGCAUGUGCAAGAGGGGCACGAGCAAGUUCAACGGGCGCUUAUGGAUUACUCGAUACAUUGUUACCCAACUAUACCGGAUAAAUUCAACAAGCUGCUAGCAGUAUUACCAGAAAUCCACAUGGUGGCAAGCAGGGGAGAAGAUCAUCUCUAUCACAAGCAUUGUAACGGAGGUGCACCUACGCAAACACUUCUCAUGGAGAUGCUUCACGCCAAGAGAAAAUGAAACAAUCGAUUUCUCCUGGUAACUUUUGCCAUCGAAUAGUACGACACUGCAUAUACGUAUACAUACACAGAUGCAACACAUACAAACAAACACACACAUACACACACAUAAUAUAUCGAAAGUCUUGUUAGCGCCCCUAAUCGGGAGAGACAGAGUGGACCUCAAAGUACCUAUUAAGAGCUAACGCUGCUAAGGUAUCGGACCAAGUAAUGGGGCAUUGGUUCAAAAAAUACCUAUGCAUACAAAUAAAGUAUAGACGUACAUAUACUUUACAUAUAUUACAUAUAUAUGUAUUAUAUAAAGUGUAUCUAAAUAUAUAAACAACAAUGACAUAUAUUUUCUAUAUUUGAUGUUGAAGUUUUAGAGAUGUAUCCGUGGAGAAACACCCCUGUUGGUGGGUACAAGCGCAGGGAAACAGUAAGCAAGAUGCCUUGAAAACAGUACAAAGGGUGGUUAAAACAAAAUAUUGGUCAAAGGGCAGGCAAUUUUUGUCUAAAUAAGUAAAGCUAUUUUUCUAAUACUUAGAGGCGAUUAUUUUUAAGCAUACCACUGAAGCCUUGCUCUCACUCAUUCGAACGAAAUAUUGUACUACUACUACUACUAUUACUGCUAAAGAGAAUCCGAACUUUCCAGAUUUUAAUCGUGCUUCUGCAAGGGAUUCAAUGGGCAUACUUGAACGACAGUAAACUUGCAUGUGAUAUACAUAUGUGUUUGUUGCACGGCCACCUGGGCAUCCUUAGAAUUUCCUAUAAAAAAGAAAUCUGCAUUUUUGACACACUUGCACACAAGCAGGGCUACUAUAUUGUAAAUACUAGUUAACACAUUCCAAUUAUGUUGUAAAGUAUGAAGAUCAUGUUAAAUAUGUAAUUACGAUAUUUUGUGUAUAGUUUAACGAAAUAAAUAUAUUUCUGUUGCUUACACUCGAGAGAAAUCAUUAGCUACUUAAUGUCUUCACUAAUUUUAGGGCCUUAAACAUGUAUUUCUCUUUAUUAUUUUUCAAAUAGGUGGCGGAAAGGAAUAACCACAAAUUACGAUAUUUUACUAUUGUAUGUUGUAUCAUAAUAAAGAUUCUGUUUAAGAAAUAAAAGAAUCAUUGGAGCAAGGUUUAUGUGGUCCUAUAUAUUGUCUAGCGAUUAAAAUUCUAAAUAUAUAAGAGAUAACAUUUUAAUCUUAUAUCUCGCGCAGUUGUUAAAUAGAGAAGAUAUUUAGUGAAUGUUAAGAUAGAGCGACCGAAAGUAGUAAUUUUUCACUAAAAGAUUAUUAUUAUAUUAUAUUAUUAUUAUUUUUAAUAUAAUAUUGUUUAGCUAAUAGUCAGAAAUUCUUCAGUGCUGUGAAGGUUGUCUUUUCGACGCCUGUGGUAUCAAAGCCAUCGGAAAUUACAUGUGUCAGCUGCAAAGUUUAAACUUUGACAAUGAGACAGAUAUCUUUCCUCGCACUGAUAAAUUGGUAAUGUUACCCGUCGCGACUCCUCUUGUUUUCAUUCACGUAUCAAACACGUACCUGCUGCAAAAAGAAUAUGCUAUUUUACUACUUUCACUUUUUCCACUGAUUCUCGCAAUACAUUUGACUAGGUGUAAACGUGACUUGUAUUGACGAGUGCGAAAUUUUAUGCCAUGUUAGAUUAAGAAUCGAGUGUUAAAUCAAAUCAAGAGGAAUGGUGACGAGUAUUAUUAUUAUUAUCACGGGUAAUAAUUAUUGCGAUAAUAAUAAUGUUACAAACUGUUAUAAUUUGUACUAUCACACAAUUAUUAUCACACCGCAGAAAUUAUUUGAUCGAGGGUAUCACAUGUACUUAUCACGUGGGUAAAAAUCUCUGUCCGCCGUCAAGUUUGACUUACACACGCCAAUGUAGAAUAUGUUAAUGUUCCCAAAAUUUUCAAAUUGUCCAGAUCUUCAUGUUGAACACGAUCGGAGACAGUCUCUAGGCUUAUCACUUUCACAUUUAUGACACUCCCCCUCUUUGGAAAAGAUUAUUUUUAUUUAACUCAGACACGAAUGACUACCUCUUCAUAUCUCUGUAUUAAGUUUUUAUACUUUUACAUUUUUAGUAACCACAUACCUCAGAAUAGACGCCCAGAUAGCAAUUUUAAUGGAACGAAUGAAUGUAACAUGCAUAAGCAACUACUUUUAAUCCGUGUAGUAUGUAUAAUUACACGUAAGAGAGAGAGAGAGAGAGAGAGAGAGAGAGAGAGAGAGAGAGAAAGAAGCUACGAGCUAUGUAAUACAACUUAUUAAAAUAUCGUAUCCAUUGUAUGUCCAUGUUAUUUUUUAGGCCUUAGUUACUAUUAUUAUUAUUGUAUUUUCGGCAUAUUAGUUUAUAAUCGUGUCAUUUACUAUGUACUAAUCACGGAAGCGUAGUUACUGCUAUCAGAAUUGAGGAAAACCAUUUGUUAACGUCGAAGCAAAAUCCGAUGAUUCAAAGAAUCAAAAGAAAUGACAAGUAUGAGGAUCAAUGUUUGAAAAAAUUGCUUUCAAUUGUUUUAAUUCCAUUGUUUUGACGGAGACAAGUUUACAUUACAUUUUAUUUAUUAUAACCCUGUUUUGAGACCUCCCGCGUUAAACGUGUCGGUCUGAUAAUUUUGGAACAAGUAUCAUUCGCGCAAACAUCACUAUCUAUAGCAAUGAGAGAAAGAAACUCUCUUCUAAAAGUAGCUCUAAAUCGCGCCCACGCGCGCGUCUAUCGUUGUUAUAUAUACUUCCAUCAUAAUUAACGAUCCGAUCUGUUACGACGUGUUAACAAAUGUAAACUAGUGAAUACGACGAUCGCAGCGUUAUGUACAUUAUGUUAAAUAUGUACAGUUACCAAUUAUGAUUGGCAAUGAUCUUAUUUAAUAUCGAUGUGAUUCUUCGGUCCGAUAAAUCGUUGGAAUAAAGUUUUAAAGGGAAAGAAAAAAUAUUAUGCGUUGUUAACACUGCCAUUAGCAGUUGGCAAUUGUAAAUUAUGUAGAAAAAAAAUUAAUUGACUGUAAAUAUAUCUUUAUUAUAUUAACAGAUAACUGUUCCUUUUUAGAGUUAAUGCUAUUUUUUUAUAUUAUAUAUGGUUGAAAACCCCAUACGGCGCGCGAGACGAUAGUAUUUCCCUUAUUCAAAUUCGAUAUUAAAGAUCGUUACCAGAUUGUGAAACUGUAAGAGUUAAAAUUUUCGAGAAAAAAGUUGAAAAACUGUAGGAUAUAGGAUCAAUCAGUAUGCCAUUUUGCGAGAUUUAAAGGUAGAGAUUUUACGAUUAAUUCAGCCACUUAGAAUGUACAACUAUUACAAAAUUUCAAUGCCUUCGUGCACACUGAACAAGAAAAUGAUCAUAAUUCGUAACUCGAAUGCUGUUAUUCAUGUAUCAAACAACUUGUAUAUUUGUUUUUGCUUUGUAUAAAUACGAGACGACAAACAUUGCACAGUGACUAAUAAAGAUAUCGCAACUA